CAUUACUAUAUCUAUAUGCCAGUUCUGAUUUAUUUUUUUUCAUGCAGGUGUUUCUGUGGAAACGAGUUGAGUGGGCAGAAGCCCUCUACUUCUACUGUUGAGCUCUCCCUGGUCACCUUCUAUACUCAUGGAUCGUAUUGCGGUUGCCUGGUACAACGGAGUGGCUGGACAAGGGAUUUAGAUCUAUUUUUACAGUGGCUUUCAGCUAUACCCUUUUCUGGGGGUGGUUUUAGUGAUGCUGCAAUUGCGGAAGGGCUUUCUGAAGCUCUAAUGAUGUUCCCUACUGUUCAAAAUGGAAACCAAAAUCAACAAAAUGUGGAUUGUCAGAAGCAUUGCAUACUUGUUGCUGCUAGUAACCCUCACCCCUUGCCCACACCAGUGUAUCGACCACAAAUGCAAAAUUUAGAGCAGAAUGAAAGUAUUGAUGCACAAACAGAAAACCGUCUUUAUGAUGCUGAGGCUGUUGCUAAAUCAUUUCCACAGUGCUCUGUUUCGCUGUCAGUCAUUUGUCCAAAACAGCUACCUAAACUCAGAGCAAUUUAUAAUGCGGUAUGCUGAUAGUUUGAC